UAACUCUUUUCUGUCUCAUUGCCUUCAUGAAAAUAACGAUACAUUAUGCAAUUUUCUAAUAAAACAGAUAUCUCGAAACAAUUUCGCUUUGCGGUUCAUGAAAAUAUUAUUACACAAGGACUGUCUCGUAAGUUCGUCGAUAUGAGAAUAAGAGAGAGAAAAAAAUAGAGAUAGACAUAACUGGAUGCGACGAGUAACAUUAUUAUCAGAAAGCCAUAUUGCGCGGCUAUAGACAUUUUCAGAGUUUUUUUUCUCUUACGAUAUUAAUAAAUCCAUCAACAUUUAAGGCGUGAAGAGUUUAAACAAAUGUUUCAUAAAAAUUAUUAAAUUAAUUUAGUUUUAAUAAAAAAACUGAAUAAACGCAAGUAAUUAGUGCAAGCUAUAAACAAGUUUAUAUGUGGAUAGAUCGAAAGAAAAUCAUGGACGUAAUCAACGUUCUUACCGAGAAACCUUUUGUAAUAUGUGAAACACGCGAAGCAAUGAUUCAACAAAAAUUUGAAAAGAUGGUAGAGAAUAAUAUGUUACGAUAUUUGUUUCUCGUCCUGAUGGCCAUCAUAUCGAUAGUUUUGACGUCUGUUUUCACAGUGUUUACGAAAAGAAGCUUGACUUACAAAGCAUGGAUGCCGUUCGAUUAUUCAUCAUUUGCAGUAUAUUUUCCUGUGUACAUUUAUCAAUUGAUAGGCAUGGCAACCUCGGGUAUAGUAAAUGUCGCUUGUGAGAGUGUAAUUUGCGGACUAAUGUUGUAUAUCUGCUGCCAGCUUGAAAUUUUGGAGUAUCGAUUGACAAAAUGCACGCAUAGUCAACACGUCCUGCACGACUGUGUUCGUCAUCAUAAUCAUAUUUUUGAAGUCUUCAUUUGGCGAAUAACAUUUAUAACAAAGUGGAAUGGCCGACACUUAGCAAUAACUGCAAGAAAGAUCUUAUACUCAUUAUGAAACGUUCAACGAUCCCCAUCGAAUUUAGUAGCAUGUACAUACUGACAUUAAAUCUUGACUCAUUUGUAGCAGUUCGUAUCAAUCAACAUAAAAUAAAAAUUAUUAUUAUCAAUCACA